GAUCAUUUAACUACUGAUAUUGUUUGAGAGUAGAUACAACCACAUGAUGAAGAUGUUUGAUUAAUCACCCAAUAUAUAAGAGAACAUGGACAUACACAUGUUGAAUAUCAUCCAAGCAGUCCAAUUAUUAUCCACCUUCUAAAAUUCAUCACUACAAUAGUAUAAUGGACACCUUGGAAGAUGUUACCGAGCCAGUAAGUCCUAGUGGACGAUUCUUCAACACCCAACUUCUAUGUGCAUAUGUUUUUGGAUUUCUAGAAUCAGAAGUUCCAAUCGAUUUCUCUCAAGCCAACUAUUUGUUCCAACAUGUCUUUCUACCCAUCAAUCCACGCUUCUCUUCCAUAAUGGUGAGGGAUGAAGAAGGUGAAAUGAAAUGGAAAAGGGUAGAGGUGAAACCCGAAGAUCAGAUAAAGGUCCCAACAUUCCCCGAAAACGAGUCACUAGAAUUCUAUGACCAAUAUUUUGAUGACUAUGUGUCUAUGUUAUUAAUGGAAAGAACACCCCAAGACAAGCCACUUUGGGAAAUUCAUGUGAUAAAAUACCCAACAAGUAAUGCUGCUGGCACCUUAAUAUUCAAACUUCAUCAUGCACUUGGUGAUGGUUACUCCCUUGUGGGUGCUCUUCUUUCUUGUCUUCAAAGAGCUGAUGACCCUUCUCUUCCUCUUUCCUUUCCCUCACGUAAACCCUCAGCAUCAUCACCAUCCUCCAAGAAGGGCUUCUUCCUAGGGUUUUCUCCUUUUUCAAACAUGUUCUCAUUCUUCAACUCUAUCAAGGAUUUUGGGUGGAGCAUAGUGAAGAGUUCAAUCGUAGAAGAUGACAAGUCACCCAUAAGGAGUGGUGAGGAGGGUGUUGAGUCUCUGCCUUGUGUCUUAUGGAACAUAUCCUUCUCUCUGGAUGAAGUGAAAACGAUCAAGUCCAAGCUUGGAGUGACAAUAAACGAUGUGAUUACUGGGGCAAUCUUCUAUGGGAUUAGGCUGUACAUGCAAGAGAUUGACAAUAAGGCAGGGAAAGCAAAUUCCACAGGAUUGGUGAUGCUUAGUACUAGGAACAUUGGAAGUUACCAAUCAAUCCAAGAAAUGAUGAAACCUGAUUCCAAAUCUCCAUGGGGGAAUCAUAUUUCUUUCUUGCAUGUACCCAUUCCCAAGCUAAGCCAAGCCAGCCUAUCCAACCCCCUUGAAUUUGUUUGGAAAGCUCAAAAGUUGAUCAAGAGGAAGAGAAGUUCUUUCACUGUUUUUCUUAUUGAAUGGCUUUUGGACAUGGAGCUGAAAUUAAGAGGACAUGAGGCAGUGGCUAAACACAUCUAUGGGACACUCAGAAACUCAAGUGUUGUCGUGUCCAACUUGAUUGGGCCAAUGGAACCUAUGGUUUUGGCAAAUCAUCCUGUCAAAGGCUUGUACUUCACAAUGUCGGGUGGACCCGAGAGUAUAAAUAUUGCAAUUAUGAGCUAUACAAGAACGUUAAGAAUUACGUUGAAAACACAGAAAGGUUUUAUUGAUGAGAAGAAGUUCAAAUUCUGCAUUAUGAAAGCCUUUGAUGUCAUAUCCAAAGCAGCAAUGGAAAUAGCCAUCAAAAUCAAAAGUUAAAUUAUCUACAAAGAGAGGGGUAAUUAAGGAUCUAAAGGAGGGUAUGCUUGAGAGUUUUUUUUUUUUUUUUUUUUUU